CUGAGGUGUCGUUCUUCUUCCAGAUCCUUCCUGGGCAUCAGUAAACAGGGGAACUUUUAUAUGUGACGAGUGUUGCAGUGUUCAUCGGAGUCUAGGGCGCCAUAUCUCCCAAGUAAGGCAUCUUAAACACACACCAUGGCCUCCAACACUGCUUCAGAUGGUUGAGACCUUGUAUAACAAUGGUGCUAAUUCUAUAUGGGAGCAUUCUCUGCUGGACCCCGCAUCUAUUAUGAGUGGAAGACGGAAAGCUAAUCCGCAGGAUAAAGUGCACCCCAAUAAAGCAGAAUUCAUCAGAGCCAAGUAUCAGAUGUUAGCGUUUGUCCACCGACUGCCCUGCCGUGACGAUGACAGCGUGACUGCCAAAGACCUCAGUAAGGUGGGCGCUCUCUUCCCAGUCCCAGGAGCCUGCCGACCGUGGGCUGCCUCACCAGGGGGAAGUGUGACUGCCAAAGACCUCAGUAAGCAACUCCACUCAAGUGUGCGAACAGGGAACCUGGAGACCUGUCUGAGAUUGCUGUCUCUAGGAGCCCAAGCCAACUUCUUCCAUCCUGAAAAAGGAAGCACUCCACUCCACGUCGCCUCCAAAGCAGGACAGAUUUUACAGGCUGAAUUAUUGGCAGUAUACGGAGCUGACCCAGGCACUCAAGAUUCCAGUGGGAAGACUCCUGUUGAUUAUGCAAGGCAAGGAGGGCACCAUGAGCUGGCGGAGCGCCUCGUGGAGAUACAGUACGAGCUGACUGACAGACUGGCCUUCUACCUCUGCGGCAGGAAACCAGAUCACAAAAACGGACAGCACUUUAUAAUUCCUCAAAUGGCAGACAGACGGCUCAGCCUGGAUGUGUCUGAGUUGGCAAAAGCUGCCAAGAAGAAGCUUCAGUCUCUAAGUAAUCAUUUGUUUGAAGAACUUGCCAUGGAUGUGUACGAUGAAGUUGACAGGCGAGAGACCGAUGCAGUCUGGCUCGCCACGCAAAACCACAGCACCCUGGUAACCGAGACAACCGUCGUCCCCUUUCUUCCGGUCAAUCCUGAGUACUCCUCAACACGAAACCAGGGCAGACAGAAAUUAGCUCGGUUUAAUGCCCAUGAAUUUGCUACGCUGGUCAUCGACAUCCUCAGUGACGCCAAGAGGAGACAGCAAGGCAGUCCUCUGUCCAGGUCAAAAGAUAAUGUGGAACUCAUACUGAGAACUGUCAGUAACCAGCACAGCACUGAGAGCCAGGACAACGACCAGCCAGACUAUGACAGUGUGGCCUCAGAUGAAGACACAGACGUGGAGACCAGAGCGAGCAAGGCAAGCCGGCAGAAGAGCCUAGAUUCAGAUUUGUCAGAUGGACCAGUCACUGUGCAGGACUUUAUGGAGGUCAGAAGCGCCCUAGUGGCUUCUGAGGCCAAGAUACAGCAGCUAAUGAAGGUGAAUAACAACUUGAGUGACGAGCUGAGAAUUAUGCAGAAAAAGCUUCAGACACUCCAGAGUGAGAAUUCAAGCCUCAGGAAGCAGGCCACAACCAAUGCCUGUCAGGUGCAGACUGGCCCUGACUACCCAGACACUUCCAGCCACCCGUCUUUAAAGCGCCGGCCAUCGGCCCGGGGCAGUAGGCCCAUGUCCAUGUAUGAGACUGGAUCAGGUCAGAAACCAUACCUCCCACUGGGGGAAGCGAACCGCCCUGAGGAGAGCAGGACAAGACUUCAACCCUUCCCUGCUCAUAUCGGGAGGAGUGCACUUGUGACCUCCUCUUCGUCUCUGCCUUCCUUCCCCUCCACACUUUCCUGGUCCAGGGACGAAAGCGCCCGAAGGGCAUCCAGGCUGGAGAAACAGAACAGCACCCCGGAGAGUGACUAUGACAACACUCCCUAUGACACUGAGCCGGAUGACACAGUGCCAAACCGGAAAGGACGGCAGAGGAGUGUGGUGUGGCCCGGUGACGGCUCACUGCCCGACCCAGCGGAGCCCCACUUGGUCCCCAGCCCCACGCUCCCCAGCACAGAAGAUGUCAUCCGGAAGACUGAGCAGAUCACCAAAAACAUCCAGGAGCUCCUCAGAGCGGCCCAGGAGAACACACACGACAGUUAUAUUCCCUGCUCGGAGAGAAUCCAUGUCGCCGUUACUGAGAUGGCAGCCUUGUUCCCCAAAAAACCCAAGUCUGACACGGUGAGGACUUCCCUCCGGUUACUGACGUCCAGUGCCUACCGGCUCCAGUCGGAGUGCAGAAAGGCCCUCCCGGGAGACUCGAGCUUGCCCACAGAUGUGCAGUUGGUCACACAGCAGGUCAUCCAGUGUGCCUAUGACAUCGCCAAGGCCGCCAAACAGCUGGUCACAAUCACCACCAAAGAGAACAACAACUGAGCUGUGAGGCGCGGCCCUGUUUUCUAGGCUUCUGGAAGUCCGGCUUCGGUGUAGACCUGAACUCUUCAGAUUUUUAUAGAAACGUUAAUGAUGACUUGAAACUUUUAAAAGAAAACUCAGUAUUAUUUUUGCAUGUUUUCUAACAGACUUCUGACUGUAACUUACCGUUGCCUUACCUGUGCCUGUCUGCAGCUUCGUUCCUGUUGUGUUCCUGUCACCAGGUGCUUAGAUCAUGACCAGAUGUGUUUCAAGUCUCUGUGCAGAGUUUGCUAAAACUCUUCCAUCCCUUACAACUCUCUGCCCAUGGCUGAAACUAUAACUGAUAUUUUUAGUAAAACCUUUUCUUAAGAGAGUUGGAUUUUUAAAAAAUGACUUCUGUUCCUUCCAAGCAUCGUGCAAUAAGUAGAUUGUCCAUCCUGUCAUAGACUCCCAGAGCUCGGGGUAUCUCCAGGCGAGUGUGGAGAGCAGGGUCCUUGCCUCUUCUAAAGAGAGCGCAUCUCUUGGGAGAGACAAGGAAAUGACCCAUAUCUAACUUUUAUAUCAUGUUAAGUGUGUGUUAUUUAAUAUUUUUAUCUUGAUUUUCUAUCUAUAAAGAUUUUACCAUCAUGCUUCAGUCUCCAUAAUGUCCAAAUAGUAGUUAUGAAUCCACCCUCUACAUCGGGUUCCAGUGGGCCACAUUCAGAGCAUGAGCAGCACCCAUUGUCAGGGACCUACCUUCCCCCCAGCCUGACAGUUCACUGAGAACUUACUGCAAAGACAACCACAGCUCUUGCACUGGGCAGACACCAUGGUGCCCUUCAUUCUGUGACCCCUCACAGCUUCCCGUGACUCCUGCUCUGGAAGGGUUUCUUCCCAGGUAAGACAUAAUGGCCUCGGUUUCUUCCCUUCACCUCGCUGCUACUUAGAGAUUAGGUAGUUCUCAGCAUGCUCCAGCUGACUGCAGCUCUCCCAUAGCUCUGCAAGGGAGGAGGUUGACACCCAGACCUCAGCAGCACUGGGGUUCACAUUACCUAAGGCUCUUUCUUCAUGCCCCAGCCCAUCUGUCCCAGCUUACCCCAUCUGUUUCGUAUGGGUGGAACUCAGGCCUGACCUGAGAGCACAGGCAGUGUAUGGCUGUGAAGGCAGCCACGUGUCCAGCAGGGCAGAGGGCAGCGGGGAGCCCCGCCUGGCCUGCAAGGACAGCGGCUCCUCUCCCUCUCCCUCCUCUCCUGUUGCUGUGGAGAAACAGACUUGGAGUUGCUAAAGUUUUGGUUUUUCCGGAUACCAGAAAUUUGGGUCAUUUUAUGCCAUUUUUCUAGUUAGAAAUGUGGGUAGUCAAUCCAGACAUGCCCACUGAACAGGCGGAAGUGACCUGUAGCCUCUAGGCUGCCUCUCACAGCCUCUGCUGCGGUCUGUAAACUGUAACAUGAGGGCUGGCUUUUUGUUUGUUUGUUUUUGUUUUUGUUUUUUUCGAGACAGGGUUUCUCUGUGUAGUUCUGGUGCCUGUCCUAAAUCUGGCUCUGUAGACCAGGCUGGCCUCGAACUCACAGAGAUCUGCCAGCUCUGCCUCCCGAGGAGGGCUGGCUUUCCUGGCCACCAGAAGCAGCCUCUGAGCCAACCCUGGAAGGCAGCGAUCACCUGCCCUGAGGUCACUGUCAGUCUCCUCCCGUGUGCUCUGUGGGAAUGACCAAGGUGCAGGUUUCCUCCCGGAAACAGCACCGUCAGUCAGGUUCUCCAGGUCAGGUUGCCUACACUGUGUGCAUGGCAAAGGGCCAGCACUCCAGAAACUCUGCCCACUUAUCUGUCCAUAAAACCCUAAAUGCCACAUGGCUGCUGGAGUUCAGUCAGUCCUGAGUGCUCCUCAGGCCGAAGCUUCCAGGUGGAGGCCAAGGAAACAGCAGGAGGUGCCCCACAAAGCCCCUCGUGAAACCUGGGGUCAGAACAUUCUGCUCCCAUAGGCAAAUGCAUCCUGUCUCAACGCUUGUCCUGGCCGGUUUUGCUUGUGGGUCCCAUCGCCUUGCGCAAGUCAGCCCUGCGUCCAAUCCAGCUGUUCUGUCCCUCCUUCCCUGUUCUUCCUUCCUGCCUGCGUACCCCACUUCCCAGGACCGAGAGGAUGAAGGUCCUGUUGGUGAGCAGGCCCCGCCCCAAGCUCCAUUUGCAGGAGGCACCGUGGUCUCGGCAUGACGGUUCUUACUUGCCAAAGACUCGAGUCCAGUGUUGCACACAGUCGGGACUAUAAUCACAGUGUGGGGUGCUCCCCUGCCCCCAGCGAGUCCUCCACAGCUCCCGGAGCCUCUUGUAGUCUCCUUUCCUUCUUUGUGCUAGUUGAAUGUGACCUGUGCUCCUACAAAACAAUGCUGCACAGACAGAAGGAGACGCAUGGCACGCCCGGUGUUUGCCUGCGUCGCUCCUUCGCCUGCACCGGCCCCCGUUGUCGUUAAACAUCCGGUUCCCGACGUUACUGUCCCCUCAUGUAAAACCAUUGUUCUGGAAAUUGUCCCUGCCAGUUAUGCAAUAAACAGUCUCUUCAA